AUGGUUGGCACAGACAGCGUUGCUUCUUCAGGGCAAUCACGCCAGGUUUCCCCAGAGAAGAAAGCUGAGUCCACUGCUGGGCUCGACAAUCCUCUUGAUGCCCCUGCGUCGCCCAAGGCACAGAACGCCGAUGCCGAACCGGAGGAUGAGGAGAUGGGAGGCACCGAAACCGACGCCAAGCCUGACACCGAGGGUUUAGACGAUGCCGCGGGGGAGUCACAGCCUCCAGAGGCGGCGACAGAAGGCAUGGAGGAUGCUGCUGGAGAAGAUCAGCCAGUGCCCAGCAAAUCGGCACUAGAGGGCAAGGCUCGCGAUCAACUCAUUUCACAGACACACGCCAUCAUCCUCCCUAGCUAUGCCACCUGGUUUGACAUGAACACCAUCAAUGCGAUCGAAAAGAAGGCCCUCGCUGAAUUCUUCAACGGCCGCAAUCGAAGCAAGACCCCUGCCACAUACAAAGAUUACCGCGAUUUCAUGAUCAAUACCUACCGUUUGAACCCCAUUGAAUACCUGACGGUCACCGCCUGUCGCCGUAACCUUGCCGGUGACGUGUGCGCGAUCAUGCGCGUGCACUCCUUCCUUGAGCAGUGGGGACUGAUCAACUACCAGGUUGACCCCCAAUCCCGGCCCUCCAACAUCGGUCCUCCAUUCACUGGUCACUUCCGCGUCAUUGCCGAUACCCCUCGCGGACUGCAGCCAUUCCAGCCUGGACCUCAGCCAGCAGUCACUUCUGGUAAAGCUCUUGCUGCUACCGAGCGGGCUGCCUCAGCGACUCCCGCGAAGGGCGAUUUGAACCUGGAGCUACGCCGCAACAUCUACGACGACAAAGGCAAAGAUGUGACGUCUGCCGAGGACAAGGAAAAACAGACUAAUGGCCAGGCAGCAAACGGAAUCGAAAUCUCCGAACCUAAGAAGAAGGUCCAUUGCUUUUCUUGUGGAAUCGACUGCACACGACUCCGCUUCCAUUAUGCCAAAGCAGCUCCAACGUCCGCAAAUGCCAAUGUCCCCGACACCAAAUACGACCUGUGCCCCAACUGCUUCCUACAGGGUCGUAUGCCAUCCAGUCACAAUGCGUCCGAUUUCGUGAAACUCGAAGACAAGGCCCAUACCUCGGUACCCGAUAAGGAUGCUCCUUGGUCUGACUCAGAGCUAUUGCUGCUGCUCGAAGCUCUCGAGAAUUUCGACGACAACUGGGAACAAAUUGCCAACCACGUUGGUACGCGGACGCGCGAGGAAUGCGUAACGAGAUUUUUGUCACUUGAGAUCGAGGACAAGUUUGUCCAGGAUAUCCCAGAGCUGCGAUCCGGUCCUUCACGCGACCCGGUUACACAAACCGAGAACCCGGCCCUGUCAGUAGUGACUUUCCUCGCUCAAAUGGCCGAACCUGCCGUUGCUGCUGCCGCGGCCGGCCGAUCCAUCGAGGAGAUUCGCAAGGAGCUCCGUGCCCAGGUGGAGAAGGGUUCGGGUUCGGGUAAUGAAGGCGUCAAGUCUGAGGAUUCUAUGGAGGUAGACUCUUCCCGAGACGGAGAGCAACUGCUGCAGAAGCCCAGGGAGUCCUUGGCCACUGUGGCUCUGGCAACCUCUGCGGCCCGUGCAGAGGCUCUCGCAUCUCACGAAGAGCGCGAGAUGACUCGUCUGGUUGGAGCUGCUGUUAAUGUCACUCUCCAGAAGUUCGAGAUUAAGUUGCAGCAGUUCAACGAAAUGGAGGAGAUUAUCGAGGCCGAGCGUCGGGAAUUGGAGCAGGCCCGUCGCCAACUCUUCCUGGACAGAAUGGCCUUCAAGAAGCGCGUAACGGAGGCUCAAGAAGCUUUGAAGGUUGUCAGUGAUCAAGGUCCCAACGAACAUACCAACGCCAUGCUUGCCGGUGCCGCCACUGCUGGCAUCGGAAACACCUACGGCUUCCAAACUCCAGUGGGGGAAGCCCAGCCGAAUGUGCAACCCUUGAGCGCCGAUGGAGGCGCCGAUUACAAAGCCCUUGACCUAUGA